UCGAAAAUUCAUGAAUGAAGUUACAGUCCCGUGUACCUCCUACCACUUACUCAUUCGCCCUCACCCCACCUUUCUCAUCUUCACCACAGCCGCAACGCGUUCCCUUGCUUUGCUUCUUGUCAUCGUCGUUGUUAUCGCAGUCGAUCAAGUUUUCAUAGUAUUGAAAUAUUGAACCAUGGUGAAUGUUCCAAAAGAGCGCAAAACUUACUGUGCUGGCAAGUGCAAGAAGCAUGCCAUACACAAGGUGACCCAGUACAAGGCUGGUAAGGCCAGUAACUUUGCACAAGGCAAGCGCCGAUACGACUCCAAGCAAAUGGGAUUUGGAGGCCAAACCAAGCCCGUCUUCCACAAGAAGGCCAAGACCACAAGAAAGGUUGUCCUUCGUCUCGAAUGUAAGAAGUGUAAGACCAAGAAGCAGCUGUGCUUGAAGAGGACCAAGCAUUUCGAACUGGGAGCCAAGGCAGCACAAUCGGGUCACCAGUACUAAACACUAUAAUAUCACAAUUAGCAUCCCAGAUGACUAUAAUAACACGGCAAUUCAGAACUGCU